AAGACAACUGAAAACAAAGAUACCAAAAACACCCCCCUUCGUUUGGUCCAUGGCAUAAAAAUAUCUGAAAACCAGUAUUUACUAAUCUGACACGUGCCAUUAAUUUUAAGGCUAAUUACAUAACCACCCCAAUAUCAAAUACCAGAGAGAUUUUAAUGACCAGGGGUUAAAUGGAUAUGCAACGGACAUUGUGAAGACAAUGACACCAAAGCCUCAUAAAUAAACGACAUUUGCAAGGAGCUAUCACAGUAACUUCACCAUUCCAAUCAAAAAUUUCUCUGGCACAUCCUUUUUUACAAUAUGGAGCUAAAAGAUCUCAUCUCCUACCCCAUCUCUCUAGCUGCAAUCAUAUUAGCUAUAUUUGUAAUCAAAAUCAUUGCCAGAAGAUCACCUGAGAAGAAGAAAAGACGUCACCCCAUCGGUGGCACCGUGCUUCACCAACUGGUCAAUUUUCACAGGCUGCACCAUUACAUGACUGACCUUGCAGCCAAAUACAGGACUUACAGAUUGCUUAGCUUCUGCAGAAGUGAGGUUUAUACCUCAGACCCUGUAAAUGUCGAAUAUAUACUCAAGACAAACUCUGCAAACUAUGGCAAGGGCUGGUACCACUAUGACAUUUUGACGGAUCUUCUGGGAGAUGGGAUCUUCACAGUGGAUGGAGAGAAGUGGCGGCUGCAGAGGAAGCUAUCAAGCUAUGAAUUCUCCACCAAAAUAGUGAGGGACUUUAGCAGUGUUGUCUUUAAAACUACUGCCGUAAAGCUUGUUGGUAUAGUUUCCGAGGCUGCAAACUCGAAGCAGGCAAUAGAGAUACAAGAUCUGUUCAUGAAAUCAACCUUGGACUCAGUUUUCAAAGUUGUACUAGGUGUGGAACUUGACAGCAUGUAUGGAUUAUACAAAGAAGGCACGCAAUUCUCCAAAGCUUUUGAUGAAGCAAGCGCAAUUAUCCUCUACAGAUACGUUGAUGUCUUUUGGAAGAUCAAGCGGUUCAUGAACAUUGGAUCAGAGGCAACCUUGAGAAGGAGUAUCAAAGUGAUUGACGAAUUUGUAUACAAAAUAAUAAAAAGCAAGACUGAUGAAUUCAACAAAUCACAAGAUGGUGUACCAAUGAAAAGAGGAGACAUCUUAUCAAGGUUUCUAGGACUGAAUUACACAGAUCCAAAAUACUUAAAAGACAUAAUCCUCUCCUUCAUAAUUGCUGGAAAGGAUACAACUGCUAGUACUCUUUCUUGGUUUAUUUACAUGCUAUGCAAGCACCAGGACAUACAGGAAAGGAUUGCAAAGGAAGUAAGAGGAAGUACCAAAAUCAAGGAUAAUUCAAGCAUUGACAAACUCGUGGCCAGUAUAACUCAUGAAGCCCUUGAAAAUAUGCAGUAUCUCAAUGCAGCUUCGACUGAGACAAUUAGACUCUAUCCAGCUGUUCCAGUGGAUGGGAAGUAUUGUUUUUCAGAUGAUACCUUGCCAGAUGGGUUUUUUGUGAGAAAGGGAGAUAUGGUGACAUACCAGCCCUAUGCCAUGGGUAGGAUGAAAUUCUUGUGGGGUAGUGAUGCUGAGGAUUUUCGGCCAGAGAGAUGGCUUGACGAAAAUGGUGUUUUCCAGGCAGAAAGCCCCUUCAAGUUCACUGCCUUCCAUGCGGGUCCAAGAAUUUGUCUUGGGAAAGAAUUUGCUUACAGGCAAAUGAAGAUUUUCUCUGCCAUCCUGUUAGGAAGCUACAUUUUCAGGCUCAGUGAUGAAAAUGCAACAGUCAACUACAGAACCAUGCUCACUCUACAAAUUGACGGGGGCCUCCACAUUCGUGCAUCCCCAAGAACUGAACCCUGCAAUUUCAAAUAAUGCAUAAAAAUCAGGACCAUGUCCCUUUGUUUUUCUGUAUUGCAAUAAUCUGUUGAUUAACCUGCUUUAACUUAAAGAAGGGAAAGUACAUCAGUGGAUCAAUAUCCAUAGCAGAUGCUAGCACCCUAAUGUAAUAGAAAUUUCAUGUUAGAUGAAA